AUGUCGGUGAGCGCUAGGAACAGGAUUAUCCAAGUCACUAAUGUGUCGCCGUCUGCGACAUCCGAACAGCUACGUACAUUAUUUGGUCAUGUUGGGGUCUUAGAAGACGUGGUUGUGUAUCCCCCAGACGACAGAGAAGAAACAGCGAGCAAGGUCUGCUAUAUUCGUUAUCAAGAGUCUAUAAAUGCUGAAGUUGCUCUGCAUCUUAACAAUACUGUCUUUCUUGACAGAGCACUGAUAGUGCUCCCACUUUCAGUUGACAAGGAUUCCAUUCCCGACGAGAAGUAUGCCAACCUUGUCAGAGCUCCUCCCAACACUGCUGCUGGAGUUCUUCCUCGUACCGCUGACUGGCCUCUGGAUGUAAUCAGUAUGGUAGUUGGACGUCCUGGUGAACAAGUUAUUCAUACACUGGAGCCACGUCUAUCUAGUCUGGCAUUCCCUCUGUAUCCACCUCUUCCUGCUACCACUGAUGGGAGCCGCAUAGAAGAGAUAAGGAGAACCAUUUUGGUUACAAAUUUGGAUCCCAAGACAACCGGUGAUCAGUUACCACUGCGUGAGGCCUAA